GGCUCUCACACACGUCAAUCACUUCGAUUGGGAGUGACACAGGCCAACUGGUGUUAGCCGCGUGAUGGCGUCGCAGACGGUUUAAACUAGUAAUUAGAUGAAGACUAUAGUUUUUAACUCUGAUUUUUAGUCAUUUUGACAUCGUUUACAAUUUUAAGAAAUUUUUUUCACAUUUGUUCUACGGCCAAGUCUCGAACAAAGCAGAUGUGGACAGGGACUGUGCUCAGGCUGGGAGCUGCUGUGGCCUUCUCCCUCAGUGCGGAACUGCUCUGCAGAUUCCUGCAUCGCUCCAAACGGCCGAGAACCCUAAAUGAAGUUCUUUUCUUCCCUUCAAAGGUGGCCUGCGUGGAGCACGUCUUCUCUCCCGCUUCCCCUCACUCCUCUCACUGCCCAUUGCCUCAUGGCUUCGAGACCUCCUUCUCCCGUCUUCUGCGCUUCAUCCUGUCAGCUUCCUCCUCCCUCGAUUUGUGUGUGUUUUCUUUUUCUAACAUGGACCUGAGCAGGGCUGUCCUAGAACUGCACAGAAGGAGAGUAACCGUCAGAAUCCUGGUUGACAAGCAUUACUCCGUCAUCACCGGCUCCCAAAUUGGAGCCCUUCGCAAGGCGGGGAUCUGCGUGCGCAACGUGGGCCGCUAUGUGCACAUGCAUCACAAGUUUGCUGUGGUGGACAACCGGCUGCUCAUCACAGGCUCCCUCAACUGGACACUGGCAGCAGUGCAGAGCAACUCUGAGAACAUCAUCAUCACAGACGAGCCCGCCCUGGUCCGGCCCUACAUGAGGGAGUUUAGUAGGUUAUGGGCAGACAAUGAUCCAUCUCUGAAUGCCCCCUCAACUGACCAAACUCUGGAUUGUAUAGAUUAGAUUGAAUAGCACUAAGGAUUAAUGCAACGAGCCUUUCAGACCCUUCUAGUCAGCGGAUCAAAUUAAAGAAGAGGUUACUUUGAGUUUUGAAAGAAGCGCUCUGUUAUAUUUCUGGUGUUAUGUUGAGUUUUAAAGAAGUUGGUCCACUUGGACUGAUGUGUGAAUGUUACGAGACAAACAUUUACACCAAAAAUGUUUGAUAUUUUCUUAUUGUGAUUGUUGUACUUGUUUUCGGUACACGUUUUGUUUAAGCUCGUUUAAAACAUGUUGGACUUUUUCCAUUGCAGACGGCAUUUAUGUCGCAAUGUCAUCCUAUUUGCUAACAUGUCAUCUUUAUGAUCCUCACUUUUCCUCAUUUCAAAGGAAGUUUGUUCUUUUUGUGUAGAUCUUAGUCAAACUAUUUUGUUUUUUUUAUUGAAGCCUAUUGUCAGGUUUCGUGUCAUGUGGAGAGAUUAUUUUGUUGGAAUCAUUUAGAAAUGACUCUAGUUAUUAAGAACCCUGCAGGGUUUUUUGUUCAUUGUGUUUUAUUGGCUGUCUCAGAGACUCAGUGUCAAUUAAAAACAAACUGCUUUUGGCA